GUAUAUAUUGUUUAAUAUUCUUGAGACUAUAUAAUAAUAAUAUGUAGACCUCAAUCAUCCCAACUCACCUGCCGACCACAACAUUCUUCUUGUAGUGUUCGUUCUCUAAUAUAAGAUCCAAAUGUCAAGUUGUCCGCAUAAACAAAUACAAGACCACUUAGGCACAACUCAUGUCGUUACUCUUUAGGCUUGACAACCUCAAUUUUCCCAACAUUUAUUUCUACCCUCCAAUUGAGACUUCCUUAGUACAACUCCCUUCCUACAACCACAAACAAAAGGCUCGUUCUAGCUCACAAGAUGCAAAGGCGAUUUCGCCAAGUCUUCACUUCUGUGAAAGAACACACGUGUGUCAGCUAUGCGAAAAUUGUCAGCAUGGGAGGGUUCUGUGAUAUCGAUCUCAUAAUAGUGAAAGCAACUUCUCCGGAUGAUUUUCCAUUGCCAAAUAAGUAUGUCCAUGAAUUCUUGAAGAUCUUCUCCAUCUCUCCAUCCUCUUACCGGGCUUUUGCCCUAAGCUUCUCUCGUCGGUUUGGCAAGACUCGAUCCUGGAGAGUUGCCAUUAAGUGCCUACUCCUUCUCCAUCGCCUCCUCCGGGCCUUACCUGAUGAUAGCCCUUUCCGAGUGGAGCUCGUACGGGCUCGAGCAGAUGGGCUAUUGUCUCUCUACCCAAGUAACUUUCGCGAUUUCUCAUCCUCGGCUUCUGAGGAUUACACGUCUUUCAUAAGAUCAUAUGCAAGACUAUUGGAUGAAGCCCUUGAUUGCAUUGCCAUGGAAGCAAUACAAGACGAAAGAACCCCUUACCUAGACAUAGACAGCAUUGUUUCGGACAAAGUAGAAAACCAAUUGCUUGAUGAAGAAAAGUUACCACUGGAAAUGCAAGACUUGGGGAGAAUGAUAGAAGUCUUGCCUCAGCUCCAAACGCUAAUCGACCGUGCCAUAGAUUGCUGGCCUGUCGGUGUAGCCGCCACAAGCUUCCUUGUGCAAUCGGCCAUGAAACAUAUUACAAGAGACAGCUUUUCAUUCUACACUACCUUUAGAAGAGAGAUUGUGGUUGUCUUAGAGAACUUGAUUCAAUUACCAUAUCGGAGUUGUGUGGCAGCCUUCGGUAUCUACAAGAAAGCAGCCUUCCAAGCUGACCAGCUGUGUGAAUUCUAUUCACAGUGCAAGAAUAUGGGAUACUGUGGAUCCUAUGAGUACCCCUUGAUAGACCGGAUUCCGGAGAUUCAAAUCCAGGCACUGGAAACCUUUCUCAAUGGAAUGUGGCAGCUAACUGAUCACUCAUCUUCAUCCAACAUUUCGACACAGACGUCCGAUAUGCAAUCUCCCUCAACGGACAACUACAGCGAUAAACAAGCAAUAGAGUUGGUUGAAGUAGGAAAGAAAGACAUGGAACUGGAGCCCCUGAUACAGUGGGAAGUUGAGAACAAUAGUGUAGGUUGGGAGGAUCUUUUAGAGGCCUCUGUCAGUAGUAAUUCAUUCAUGGCUUCAAGAAAUGAGUGGACAUAUGGGAAUCAUUGGGCUGAAGGAAAUGGAGGACAAUUACAAGUAUACAAUACUUAUGUUCUCCAAAUGACCUCAAACCCUUUCUAUCAGCAGCCACAGAGGACAACCAUCUAUUAUGGAUCAUGUCCUAGUACCCCCAUAAUCCACUCAUGGGCUCUUUAAUUGAUGCUACUUGCAAGAAAAGUGAUCAAUAUGCAUUGAGUUUUGGUGCUU